AUGCCGAAAGCCAAAGUACUGAAGAAACAAAGACACGAUCCUCUGCAUGUCGAUAUUGAAGAGGGGUCGGGCCAUUUGCGCAAAACCGCAAGGAACAAGCGCGAUAACCGGGCUGUAGACGCAGAGGACGAGGACAAUGAAGAAGCCUACAUCAACUCAAAGACGACCCGUAAAAUUCUGGAUCUAGCUCGCGAUCAGCAGAACGAAAUUGAGGAGGAGGAAAACGAAAGCACCAAACUGGCCAGAUCAGUCUUCGCAUCCGACUAUCGUCAAACCGAGGGCGACGAGAACACUUGGGAGGACGAAAGCGAGGAAGAUGAGGAUGCCGACUACGAGGAAUACGAAGAAUUCGAGGAGUUUGAGGUUGAUGCCGAAGAAGAGAGCAUUUUCCAGCGCUACGUUGACGAGCAGAACGGCGGCGAGCCUAUAAAUUUGGCGGAUAAGAUUCUUGCCAAGGUCCACGAGUUUGAAAUGAAACAGCAGGGCCUUCAGCCCGAGCCUCAAGCCGGCGUCAUGCUUCCUCCUAAAGUUAUCCAGGUCUAUACCCAAGUGGGUGAACUGCUUUCACGUUUCCGCAGCGGCAGACUCCCGCGUGCUUUCAAGAUCAUUCCUACCCUCAAGAACUGGAGGGAUAUUCUUUACGUUACACAGCCCGAGACCUGGUCCAAUCAGGCGAUUUACGAGGGAACCAAGCUUUUUGUGUCCAAUUUGCAGUCCAAUCAAGCCCAGGCCUAUGUUAAUGAAAUCCUGCUCGAGCGUUUCCGAGACCAAGUCGCCAGUGACAAAACCGUCAACUACCACGUUUAUCGCUCGUUGAAAAAGUCCUUAUACAAGCCUGCUGCAUUUUUCAAAGGCUUCCUCUUCCCGUUAGUUGAGAGUGGCACUUGUACUCUUCGAGAGGCUAUCAUUGCCAGCUCAGUGGUUGCCCGAGUCUCGGUGCCUGCGUUGCACUCGGCAGCUGCUCUUUUGCAUUUGGCUGAGAUGGACUACUCAGGCCCCAAUUCGCUGUUCAUCAAAGUCCUGCUCGACAAAAAGUAUGCCCUUCCUUACAAGGUCGUUGAUGCAAUGGUGUUCCACUUUGUACGAUUCCGGGAUAAUGAAAAUGCUCUGCCAGUCAUCUGGCAUCAGUCUUUACUCACAUUUGCUCAAAGAUACAAAAACGAUAUCACUGACGAUCAGCGUGAUGCUUUGAUUGCAGUCGUCCGUUUACAGAGCCAUCCUUCCAUUUCCCCUGAAAUCCGCAGAGAGCUGCUGGCCGGCCAUCCGCGCGAAAGCGAGAUGAAAGAGUAG